AUGUCGCAGCCCGACACCGACGCGACGAACCAGGCGCUGGCCGCCGCCAAGGAGCGCCAGGACGCCGAGGCCGCCAAGGCCAAGCUGCCUCUCGCGACCGCCGUCGAUGGAUCAGGGACGAGCGCGGGGUCUUUCUCCUUGACCUCGCUGCACACCCAGGCCGUCGGCCUCCACUCCAUCAAAGGCCACGUUCCCGUCGAGCUCGUUCUCGACACCGGCGUUCACCGGCAGUGGCGCACCUUCUUUUGCGCCGCUUGUCGCAAGUACGCCCUCCUGGAUCACCUCGACUUCGAUGCUCCCGAUGCGCCGAACCCGGAGUGGUCUCUCCUCGAUGCCACCGUCGUCUCUUGGCUCUAUGGGUCUGUCUCGCUCAGUAUCCUCGACGCCGUCAUGACGCCCGACGACGAUCCCCUCGCUGUCGAUCUCUGGAACAACAUCAACGGUCUCUUCAACGACCACAAGAUCAAUCGUCAACUCCACCUCACGGCCGAGCUCGGCGAUGUCAAGACGGGAGAGAUGAGUAUGGUCGACUAUCUUCAGAAGGCCAAGUCCCUCUCCGAUGGGCUUGCGGAUCUUGGUGCCCCCGUUGAUGAUGUCGAGAUGGUGGUCCACUGCCUCAACGGCCUCUCCGAGCAAUACGAGUCCGCCGCCGAUCUGAUCUCCCUCAUGCCCGGUAUGACUUUCGCGCAGUGCCGCUCGUUGCUUGCGCUCCAAGACAUGAAACGCAAAAACCGCCGCGCCCGCAACUCGGACACGGCCCUCUUCACCAACACCGGCAACCCUGGCAAGGCUCCUAGAAAAGGAAAGAAGAAGAAGAAGGCCACCGCUGGAGUCACCAAGGAGAUCAUCCCGGCGCCCGCGACCCCGCAGGCUGCCACUCCUUCCUGGCCCUCACCGCAGCAUCCCUGGAACGGCGCCAUCCAGAUGUGGCCCUAUGAACCCGUACGGCCUUGCUCCCUACGGCUACGGCUACGCCUCUAG